UCACCUGAAACCCCGAGUUUCUCCCUCCGCCUCCGUCAACAGAACGCAGAACUAAGUAAUUCACCGUGGUGGUCACAUACCUAGAUUCCUCGAUUCAGAUACGAACAAAAUAACAUCAUAGUGUCUCUUGUUCUCCGGGUAUUACAUCUGUCGAAGUCACCAAUCAUCGGUCUGUUUAAUCUCUAACGAUGGCUGCAAGAGUUUUGGCGAGUAUGAUUGUGAUGGGCUCUGGAAUCGUAGCCAGGGCUUGUGCUCAGGCAUAUCGUCAGGCGCUUGCAAAUGCAUCCAAAUCCGGGGUUGCGCAUGAAGCAGCUCAAAGUUUGAAGAGAGGGAGCAAAGGGUUAAGUGAACUAGAAGCUAGAGAGAUUCUUGGUGUAACCGAGAAAUCAUCUUGGGACGAAGUUCUUAAGAAAUACGACACAUUGUUCGAACGCAAUGCACAGAACGGAAGCUUCUAUCUCCAAUCAAAGGUCCAUAGAGCAAAGGAAUGCUUAGAGACUGCAUACCAGAAGACUACUACAACAAGUGCAUGAAGAAAAUAAAUUACAACUUUUGAAGCAAAUCAGUAAUAUAAAUCUUUUGAUACAAGUUUUAGUUAGUUUUAGGUCGACAAGUUUGAAAUCUAGUGAGAGAAGACGGUGGAGAAAGCCGCCAAGUUUGAAAUGAGAGGAGGUCGGUUUGGCCGGAGUGCGGACAGUUACCGACUCACCGGCUGUUGUUAAGUUGACUUUACUGUUCUUUUGUAUUUAUUUACUCGUUGAAUUUUAGUCUGUCUAGUUGAAUCAUCUGAAAUUGAAAAAAUCUAAUCAGUUGAACAAUAAAAAAGGAAAUAUCUGUUUAUUUUAAUGUCAAA